AUGAAUAUUACGUCUCAGGACAAAGUCUGCUCUUAUGGCAAUAUUUCAGAAGAGAUUGUGGAAUUUUUCUUCUUGUUAAAUUUCUUUAUUUUGAACGCCAUUACUGGCUCCAUUGGACUCGUGGUGAAUGUUAUCAAAGUGAUUGUGUUUUUCAAACUUGGACUCCGUGACAGCACCAACAUUUCCUUCUUUGUCCUGUCACUAGCGGAUGCUGGUGUUGGACUACUGUUAAUAGGAUUCAGCGUCGUCUUCAACCCGUUGUUUAAAGACGCGGUGACCUACAUUGAAAUUUCAGUGUCCAUCAGCUUCUAUUGCUUGACCUGGCCGUACGGUUUUUUUAGUCGUGUGGCCAGCCUUAUGACUGCAGUCAUCACCGUGGAGAGAUUCUUGUGCAUAACAUUUCCCCUCAAAGUGAAGGAGAUCUUGAACCCAACCGUGGCGACCUUCACCUCAGUAACCUUAACCCUUGCCGUACUGGCCAGUCCUACUCAGUACGCUCUGGACCAAUCUCUUUUGUUGAUCAAUCGGAAGAAGUGUAUCUUGGAGAUAAUUUCCGUGUUGCCUUUAGGCGCUAAAUUUAGCUCUGGUCGUGAUUCAGACUAG